UCGCGAGUAUUUCACCAUUUCUCUCACUACGUUUAGAGCAUUCGAUCGCGAGGCGAAUCCCUAAACCUCAAAAUCAUUCUUCGAUUCAGAGCUGUUUUGAAUUUCAAUCUGUUUCAGAUUUCGGAGUUUUGUUCUUCUGCAAUCUAUGGGGACGGUGAAGAAGGAAUUCGCUGUACCGCCAGUGGUUUUCCCUUCUGGCGGCAACCCCAAUCUUCAACAACGGCGGGUGGCGACCGCGCCAUUUCAGCCUCCUCGGUCGACCGGCUCCAGCAUUCCGUUUAUGUCCUUUGACAUCGGAUCCGCUGCCGCUGCUUCAACAUCCUCCGGUAGCAUCUAUGGUGGUUCUAUUGUUGGGGGGUCUGUCCCUGGUGGUGCUAAUUUCGAAGACGAAGAACCCCUGCUCGACGAACUCGGGAUCCAUCCGGAUCAAAUCUGGAAGAAGACCAAGUCGAUUCUGAAUCCGUUCCGUGUCAGACCCGAUGUGCACAAGGACUCGGACUUGUCUGGGCCGAUUCUCCUUUACAUGUUCUUCGGCCUCUUCCAGUUGCUCGCCGGUAAGAUCCAAUUCGGCGUGAUUCUGGGAUGGAUUGUCGUUUCUUCCAUCUUUCUAUAUGUUGUGUUCAAUAUGUUGGCCGGACGGAAUGGUAAUUUGAACCUUCACACAUGUACUAGCGUGGUUGGGUACUGUAUGUUGCCGGUUGUGGUUUUGUCGGCAGUGUCCUUGUUCCUACCGCAAGCCGGUAUAAUGAGAUUCGCUGUCGCCGGAGUUUUUGUGUUGUGGGCGACGAGGAUCUGUACGAGUCUCAUGGUUUCUCUGGCUGAUGGUGGAGAUGAGCACCGCGGGUUGAUAGCGUAUGCUUGUUUUUUGAUUUUCACUCUGUUUUCUCUGUUAGUUAUAUUUUAGUUCUAAUGCAAAUGCUUCUCUGAUCUGAUCAGCAUUGGCAUUCUUUCGUUUCUUACCUGAAAAAAAGAAAACACUCAAGUCCUGAUUGUUUUUCUUUUUGUUACUAUAUUGAUUACGUGAAAUGGGUAGAGUUUGGAUACUUGAUGUGGUAAAUGAGAUAUCUUUGUUCUUUUAA